AUGCAUAUACUGCUCGCAGGUCAAACACAUCGGGCGGGCCGUUCGUCGCGUGAGGGCGGCGCACCGUACGGAAGCGGCCCCUCGGCUCCUUGGGCGGCGCGCGGUCAGCAGUCGCCGCUUGCGAGAGCCGGGCGCUCAACCGGAACCCGGCCCCGGCGAAAAGGACGGGGCCCGGUGGAGGGAGGGCGGAGUAGCCCUGAGAGCGCGGGGGGAGGCGGCGUGCGCCGUGGCGGGUCCCCCGGCAUAUGCGGGGCGUUCGCCCAGCGGCCUCGCUGGCCCUGCUGGGAAAGAAAGAAAUGCGCCCCUCGCAGGCGAGGGAAGAUGGAAGAAGUUGCGGACGAACACCUCCCCCCGCACGCGCUGGCGAGAAGUCUUGCGAUUCCCGCGCCGCCCUCCGGAAGCAUCUGUCCACGGCGCGCGGAGCACGUCACGCCCAGGGGCCGUUUGGCCGCGUCCAACCGCAGCGCCCCCACAAAAAACGACCAUGCGACGACCGCGAAGGGCGGCGCAGGGGGAAACGGACUUGACAAGAGGGCUCGGAUUCAGCACCCGCUUCCUCCCGUGGUGGCGGUGGCAACGCCGCGCGUGGAGCUGAAGAGAACUGUUUCGCGUCUGGGGAAGGCGAAAUGA